AUGAAUGUGUCCGAGCGCAGCGCUUUCGAUCUUGCCAGUACUCUCGCUGGACUCAGUCUGCGAGUCCCGACAACCCUGGAAACCUUCAACUUUGACCGAUACCGAUGGCUUGACAACGAGACUUCGGCAACUGGGCCUGAUACGACUGCAUCCCCCGACAGCUCUCAGGACACGGAUGGUGCCACUUCCGAAAUGGGGAAACAAGACGCUCCUGACCCGAUCCAAGAUCUGUACGAGGAGUUUAAUCACCAGGCCGUCAAUUUUCCGCCCUGCUCGGAUCCAGCCUCUUGGAAUCGGGUUGUCCAAAGUUAUCGUCUCUUGGAGAAUGCGAUACCUUUGAACGAUUAUCGACGUUCGUGGUUGAACGAGAUAAGGGUACUCCCUGUCUUUCAGCUUUACUCCCUAAAUCCUUCAGCCUUUGAAGUGGUCUGGAGGAGGCAUUGUUCGAGCGGACAGGUCAUCAAUGUCGGUCGAGCUAGCGAGUUGACAUUAUGCUUUACCCAACUGGAAUCGCAGAGUCAAAAGAAACUCACCGAUCGAAGCAAAGAACGAUUGAUCGCGGCUUGUUCAAUAGUAGGGGAUACCAAGCCAUGGGAUUCUGGCAUGUGGGAACUAUUCCGCCUCAUGCAGCUGACACGAAAACACAACGAAGAGUUCAGGAAACAGCUAGGAAUAGUCAAUCUUGAGUCUUGA